CAGGUCUCUUAUGGUUUCAUGUUUUACAUUUAAAGCCUCUGAUUCUUUUGAGAUAUCUUGGUUUAAGGGUGUUGCAAACACAGCGACUAUUUGGUCCAUAACUGGGGACAGUAGAAAGAACACCAGCUUUGGAUCUGUUUAGACCUAUGUCUCCUGCAUAAUUGAAAUCUUGGAUAACUCUUUCAGCCUGGAAUGGCAGAAAAACCAAUGUGCAUGCCCACACCAAUACCCCAUGAUGAAGAUAUACCCAAAGGAGAUACUGUCCGUUGUUUAACAAUGCUUGGUCAUUUUGGUUUUGAAUGUUUGCCUCAUCAGUUGGUGAAUCGAUCUAUCCAACAAGGAUUCUCUUUUAAUAUUCUCUGUGUGGGGGAAACUGGGAUUGGAAAAUCAACACUCAUUGACACAUUAUUCAAUACUAAUCUGAAAGACAAAAAAUCCUCACAUUUUUACUCAAAUGUUGGACUUAAAAUUCAGACAUAUGAACUUCAAGAAAGUAAUGUUCAAUUGAAAUUAACUGUUGUGAAGACAGUGGGAUAUGGUGAUCAAAUAAACAAAGAAGCCAGCUAUCAACCUGUAGUUGACUAUGUAGAUGCUCAAUUUGAGGCCUAUCUUCAAGAAGAAUUGAAAAUUAAACGUUCCUUCAUUGACUACCAUGAUUCCCGUAUACAUGUGUGUCUUUACUUCAUUUCACCUACAGGACAUUCCCUGAAGUCCCUUGAUCUAUUAACUAUGAAGAACAUUGACAGUAAGGUGAACAUUGUACCAUUGAUUGCCAAAGCAGAUACAAUUUCUAAAAAUGAUUUACAGAAAUUCAAGUGUAAAAUAAUGAGUGAAUUGGUUAGCAAUGGCAUCCAGAUAUAUCAGUUUCCAACACAUGAUGAAACUACUGCUCAGGUGAACUCCUCAAUGAAUGGACAACUACCUUUUGCUGUAGUAGGGAGUAUGGAUGAAGUUAAAGUUGGAAAAAGAAUGGUCAGAGGCCGUCAGUACCCUUGGGGAGUUUUACAAGUGGAAAAUGAAAAUCACUGUGAUUUUGUCAAGCUCCGGGAUAUGCUUCUUUGUAUAAAUAUGGAAGAUCUGAAAGAACAAACCCACAUUCAGCAUUAUGAACGCUAUAGGUGCUGCAGACUGAAGAAAAUGGGCUUUACUGAUGUGGGUCCAGACAACAAGCCACUUAGUUUUCAAGAGAUCUAUGAAGCCAAAAGACAGAAGUUCUAUGAUCACUGUCAGAGGGAAGAAGAAGAACUGAAACAAAAGUUUAUGCAGCGAGUAAAGGAGAAAGAAACAACAUUUAAAGAAUCUGAAAAAGAGCUACAGGAAAAGUUUGAGCAUCUUAAAAGAGUCCAGCAAGAAGAGACAAUGAAACUUGAGGAGGAGAGAAGACAACUGGAAGAAGAAAUAAUAGAUUUUUAUAAAAUGAAGGCUGUUUCUGAAACAUUACAGACUCAAGUGUGCACCAAUAUAAAGAAGGAAAAAGAGCGUAAGAAGUAGUCCUCUCUGACACUUCUGUGUACUGUAGAACCUAUCACUCUCAAUUCUGUCUUCUGGUGAGAUGAUCUUUACAGUACUUAACUGUACUAGUUUUAAAAUUUGUUUUAUUAUUGUAUAUGUUCACCAACUAGAAUGUUAACUCCUCAAGAGCAGGUACCUUGACCACCUUGUUAGAUUCUGUAUCCUCAGUGUUUAUAAUAAAGACUAGCACAGAAUUUCCACUCAGUAUUUACUAAAAUGAAAAAAAAAUCAAAGGAAUAUAUAGCACAGUGUAAAUAGUGUUGAUAAACUGUGAGAUUUUUUUAAACUAUACCUCUGGCUGUACUUCCAGUGCACAUCUUAAAAUAUAUCUGAAUAUAAGUAGGGGAUUUGUUUAAAAAGAAAAAAAAGAAAGAACUUGGGGACUUGUUCAUGAGCCAUAGGCAUAAAAUAUGGUAUAAAACAAUCUAAUAUUGGGAGAGAAGAGUUAAGAUGGUGAAGAAGUAGGGGGAUUCUGGGUUUUUCUUGUCCCUCAAACACAGUUGUAUUGAGGCCAGAUCACUUGGAACACCCAGGAAAUUGAUCUGAGAAUUGGAAGAAGGAUGUCCACAGUUGGAGGCAGGUGUGAGGUACAUGGAAGUGAUUUGGGGGAGAGAAAAGCUGCUGUGCUGCAGAAUGGAGGGAACCCUUUCCACAGAGAGAAAAGGGAGAUUGGGAGAGAAGUGUUGAGAGAGUGAGGUGUCAGGUUCUGGCAAGAAGAAAACCUGGGGGGAACUGAGUGGCACAGGUUUUUCCACAGUGUGUGGAACUCAUGCUCAGGGAUUUUGAAAACAACAUUACUUUUGUAGGAGCAGAACUGUAGCAUACACUCCUGGAGAGAAGGAGGGCUCUGGCCUGGGAGUGCACAAAGAGUGGUGUAGGGAUCAAUCACCAGGGUGGCUCUGGGAGAAAUUGUUCCCCAUUCUGGGGUACAUUUGGAGGAGGGUAUAUUGCCUCUCCAAGGACAAUAGACCCUGCAGUCACCAGCAAAUGGCCUUUCAUAGUUAGGGGUCAAAGGUGAGGGCAGGGGAUGGAUAACCCAGUUGCUGAUUUUUGAGGUGAACGUACCAUAGAUUCUGAGCACUGCAAAGGCAGGAGACUGUUUUCUGGGGGCAAGAAGGACUAGUAAGAGUAUAGCUGGCCUCUGAUCCAGAGGAGGGAGUGGAUACCAAUGGUCGGCUCCUUUAAGAUUUGGAGUUUUGAAUCCCAGCUCUGCCAAAUACACAAUGCAGGAAAACUGAGUACUGUGUACCUUAACAGCCUUCCAUCUCCUGUGAGCGCCUCCUGAACAGCAGGGUGUGUGAGAUUCCCUUGUCUAGGAAAGAGAGAUGGGGAUGUCAUCAUUUUACUCCCACUAUCAACACAGUCAGACAUCAGAGAGCAACACAGUGGCCCCCAGUGGAGGUGGGAGUUGCUUACAUCAACCUCCAUAAGCCUCCCCACCCCAUUCUUGGCA